AUGAGGUUGUUUGCCUCAACAAGCUAGUAGAUUAAGACUCCAAUUAAAACUCCUAAAUCCAUUAAAGAAAAAUUGAUGAAGAAAAUAGACAGAAGCAUUGAAAGAGAAGCUUAAAAGAGUGCUGUAAAGGAAGACAUUUAUACAGAUAUGGAAGCAAAUGUCAACUAUAUCAAAGAACUCUAAUCAUAAUUUAAAUUUGACGAUUUUCAGGAUAAUGAGUACCUCUAGUUAAUACAAAAAAUGAAGGAAUCUAAGGAAAAUAAAACAUUAACUAAGUAGGAGUUAUAAUAGCUAAUGUCUGAUUUGAUUAAAGAGAAGGAAGAUAAUGAGAUAGCUAAGGAAUUUAAGUUUUAGUUUAAGCGACCACCAAUCACAGCCGAGGAAAAAUUAGAAACACUCCAAGAAGUUGAUUUCAUCUACGAGAAAAACAAAAAGUUUUUAUUUGGAACUGAUAUAAGCGGUAAACUAUUGCCAAAAACUGAUAAAAUUGAAGAAUCUGUAGAUCCCUUAAUAAAUACACCGAAAGGAAUAACAUUAUCAAGGCUUUUAUAUCCUCAAACUAACUCAGAAAUAGUGCUAAUGCUUAGACCAGAUUCUAUAUAUUUGUAAUUGCCUCCCGAUCUGCCUAUAUUUAUAAGAUCUCCAAAUGAGAAGGAUUAUAAAAAGUAAUGGAUGAGUUUCCUAAAAAAUGGAAGAGACUGCCAGUUUUUAGUAAAUCCAAAACCUGAAUACACCUCAGAUAUCAUAUUGAAUCAAAGAAAGAUUAAAUUUUUAUUCUAGGAGUGCAUAAAAACAGCUGUUGAUGAAUAUGAAGUCGGAGCUAAUGCUAUUUAUACAACUGGAAAAACUUUUCUUGACAAAGAACUCACAGCAGACGCCUUUUUCACUCCAUUAUUAUACGCUUAUAAUAACUUGGAAGAGAAUGUUUAAGUGGUGUUAGGUGACAAACCAAUGAUAAAAUAAAGAGAUUAUGCUGGAAGGGCGAUGAAAAUUAGCCAAGCUACUUAAUUAUUUGAGCUCACCCUAGAUUAAUGGGAAGAUGGAAAUUUAGGCUUCAAUCCUCAUCUUCAAGCUCCUCAUAUAUUUGUGAAACCCAGAGUUGAAUAUAUGACUGAAACUUUGAGAUAACUAGCUACAUUUUCUAAGAGAAUAGUCGCUGUAAUAGACUAAGAUCUAUUACCUUCCAUUGAGGAUGAGUGGAAAAAUCUGAAGAAAGAUUUAAAACCUCUCAAUCAAUUCUAUCAAGAUCCUCCUAACUUUAUUAAAAAUCCAUCAACAAUUGAAUAGAUUAAUACUUAAGAUACUUUCCUUGAGUUUGUGGAAAAAUAAGUGAUACUAGACUUGAUACUUGACCCUUUCAUCAAUAAUAACUUUAUUUAAUACGAUAGCUUUCCAUUUGAAGCAAAGGACUUUCUAGGUAAAGAAACGGCAAUAUUAAACGUCUUCACCUAUUGGAAGCAUUACAAUCAAAAAUACUAUAAGAAAUUCAAAAGUUCUGGAGUGUUAGAAGAUGACUAUCAAAAAUUUAUCAAAGAAGAAGGCAGAACCUUAAAAUGA